AUGAAGCGUCAGAGGGAUUUAUUUGGCUUUUUUCAGCCGGUCGCGAAGGUUUUACAGCAGGAGGAUGCCGCCGUUGCUUCGGAGAAGUGUUCCACACCGACGGAAAGCAAAGUUUCCAGACGGAUUUCAAAGAGUUCACGGACGCCGGACACUCAUUCGCGGGCUAAUGUUGUACUGCUUCCAGCUGAGCGUUCGUUAACACAAGAGGACAAUGAGGCUUGCUUCCUCAUUCCGGGUACUCCGGACCACACUCAGUCUUUGGCGUCGCAGGCAGCGCGAUCUCCUCUCUCUCCGCUCAUGUUGACGUCUAGGCCAACUUUUCAGCAGUCCCAGUCUACCUACAGCCCUGUUGAAAGACCUCGCAGGCGUGCAGUAGCCAAAAGACGUUCCUCAUUUACUGUGCGCAGACAAGCUGAAUUGGAUGAAAAAUGUAGUGUUGUUCUAAACUCCCCUCCCGCUCUUACCGGUGAAUCUCAAGCUGUGCGAGACUACAGACAAGCGAAAACCGCCGCCUUUGUUCGUCGCGGCAACUACGACCAACUCAACUACGCUCCAUCCGACCAGAUACCAACCCAUCCUGACGACAGAUCAAGCAUCAACUCUGAACUUCGUCUUGGGAAUUUCAAACCCCGUUCAACUCUUUUGGUAUCAAAAGCGCUGUGCCAGGGCAAUUCGCAUUGUGGCUUUCCUGAGAACCGCGUUGGCACAGGCAGUCGAAAGCAGCCGCUCCUCAACAGUGAUUCGUUUACCGAAUGUAUUAGCGUUUCAGAGAACGAAAACGAAGAAGUGCCAAACGAUGAGAACCUUGUUCACUUCUCCGAUAAUCCACCGAGUAGGACUGGGAUGACAGUCAUUAAUAGUGCAUUGAGACAAAAUUUGGCUUAUAACAAACGUUCAGUUGAAAUAGAUACCCCACCUGACAAUCCGUCCGAUGUGUUUGUAUCUGGGCAUGGAGUAUUUCCUGACGCUUCGCUCAGUCGGGAUCCUAACACGCAGCUCUUGAUCUCUGAACCCAGAGACGCGUAA